AUGGUAGACGUCUAUGAGAAGGCUCAGCAGGAAGAGAAGUCCAAACCCAUCAGUCGUUACCCUAUUCCCUACAAGAAGGACCUGCCUUUUGACAUUGUAGAGCUCAUGGAGGAGAUAGAAAAGAAGACAGGAUUUUUACCAAAUAUAUUGAAAGUUUUGUCUUACUGGCCAUUGGAAUUCCGAGCCUUCUUUGCUUAUUACAAUGCCAUCUGCAACAAAACAACAGGACAGCUCAGCAGAGCAGAUAAGGAACUCAUCAUUGUAGUGACCAGCCUGGUCAACAGGAGCUUAUACCAUGUGGUUGUCCAUAGUGCUUGGUACAGAGUCUACUCAAAGAACCCAGUGCUCUCUGACCAGGUCUGUAUGAAUUGGAGAAAGUCUGACCUUCCUGCCCCGGAAAAAGCAAUGCUGGAGUUUGCACUUGCUGUUUCCCAAGCUGAUGAUAUAACAGAUGACCAUUUCAAAAAGCUUGAGAUAUAUGGCUUCAGUAGAGAAGAUGCCUGGGACAUAGCUGCCAUUUCAUCUUUUUAUGCCAUGGCCAAUCGCCUUGCUCAUUUUAUCAAACUCGUUCCCAACAAAGAAUUCUACUUUAUGGGCAGAACUAGUGAUCAUCGAGAGUGA